CAGAUGACACACCUCCAGCGACACCGGUUGGAGUCAGUGAGUGACCACAGCGGACCGUCCAGCUCAUCGAGCAAGUCGGACAGCUCGGACGGUUCGGCCUCGGAGAUCUGCGAGGUAAUGCAGGAUUGGUCCCUGGACGGUAGUGACCCACAGUCACAUCCGAUGCAGCUGCACCAUCCCAACAACCAUCAGCACCUUCUCCAUCAUCAGCAUCACCAUCAUCAUCACCAUCAUCACAACCACCACCGCCAUCAGCAACAUCGCACCCAGCAUCAUCUUGCGACUCACGAACAUCUUCAACAUCAGCAGCUUCAGCAGCAGCAGCAGCAGCAGCAACACCUGGGUGGUUUGGUUUCGCCCAACUCGAGCUACACGCAGGAGGAUGUGGAUGAGGUGCCGGAUGAUGACCUGGAGUACAGCAAGCACGACCUCAUCAGCCUGGACAAUGGCAUCAUCACGGACUACGAGCGGGCGCAAAUCGAGAGCUUCUUCAGUGGGCUAGGCACUGAGGUGUACGUCAGCUCGUCGUUGGCGAAUCUGUACGAGCGUGUCGGCAAGGAAGACUGGUGUCUGGUGUUCACCGGCAUUCCGGUGUUGCUGCACGACAAGGGCAGCACUCGGUCACGGUGCACGCCCCGGGUAUCGUUCGUGUUGGCUGAACGUGGCACGUGCUUUGCCCUCUGGAAGGAUACCAUCGACAACCUGUCCGAUUACAAGGUCGCCGCGGCUGCUUUCCACACGAUGUGUCUAUCAGCAGAUCAUCGAAAAGUGAUCGGGUUCAGCUUCGAUUCGAACCAAGCGGCCCGGGAGAUGUGGGUGCGAGUAGAGGAGCUGACGAGCAAUCCGGAAAAUAUCGCCCUAUCGGUGCCGGGCCGGAAGCGGAAGACCCCAAAACGCGCCAAACCGAUCGUGCUGCCACCGAAGUCGCAAAUAUCGCAGCCGUGCCAGUUUAAUCACGUCACCAGCGUGACGACUGGUGAUACACAGCGUUACUUCAGCUUGCAGGCGUUCGUCUCGGCACCGGUUAAGCACCGUAGCCCGUAAGAGUUCUCCUGCGGUGCAAUCCCGGAGAUAUCGAAACAAUUUCAUAACGUUAACCCAUGACACAAACCGAAUCGUGGGAAGCGCUAGCGAGGAAGAGUAGAAAGGGUUUAUUUUCAAACUCAGUCGGUUCUUCCCAACCUUGAACGAUGCAGGAGAUAUAUGUAGACAAGCGCAUCUGCGUGCGAAAACUUUCUGAGAAUAUGAACACGACAAUUACCGAGGGGAAGAUUAUAAACCGAAACUUCGAUUGGGAUGAGAUGGAAUGUUAAUUUUAGCGUCAGAUUUACUAGCAACCGUUCCUCCACGGAUACUUCAAGUUAGUCACCCAAUCUUGAUCGUUUUAUCUAUACUAGACUUAAGGCUCACGACUCUUCAUGUCACUCAAACAUAUAGUAUACAAGAACAACACAUCCUCGGCAGCGGCGGCAAAGCUGGGAGGUCCUGGCGGAGGCGAUCUUGCACAGUGCUGAAGACUAGACUGCAGUGCCACAUUUUGUAGAUGUUUAAGAGGUUAGAUCUAAGGCAAGGGUACACCAUUUAUCCAUAUUUAAGCAUCCGCUGUUCGCUGGUAUUUGUUUGAAAGGGCGGUCCUUCUGCGGGAUUAAAUGUGUGUCUGUGAUAAAGAGUAUGGAACGCGAGAGACAUCAUCGUACGAUAUGUAUGCAAAAGCCACCAUCCAGAAAUAAUUGGGUGCGGAAAGAGCGUGAAAUUGGAAACGAAACCUGUAAACCGGAAGAUCAUUUUUGUUUUUUCGUAACACAAAUAUAUGAGCAACAACAUUUUAUCAUUAUCUACUUUUGGCCAACAUAGUUUUGCUCCUCAUUACGUCCCGAUUGCUCUUGCGGUGCAUCCUUGCAUGUGUUUUUUGUUUAACCAUCUUCCCCAAACUCCCUUCGAAGACAAACACUGAAUGUUAAAUUGCUGUACCAGCUGUUGGAAGCAAAAUUAUCAACAAAAAAAAAUAUCUGUACAGAAAAGAGUAGACUGCAUUAAUCAGGCAUAAUAUUCUACCGCCGUCGAUGCGUUGGCGGUAAUGUUAAGUUGCACCGAAACAGGUAACUGAGAGGUUACUGACAAAUAGCUCAGCUUGCUGUAUAUAUCUGCAAUGAACCUUAUAUGUAGUUUGAGAAUAAAAUUCAAUUUUAUC